AUGAAGAGUUCUAGCCACAUCAUUCUUUUAAACAUAAUCCUAUUCGUUAGCUUCUUAGGAUGUGUUUUAAGCCUUAACCUUUUUUCUGGAAAUGAAGAUAAGCAUGCGUUGAAGGAUAUCGACAGAACAUUAGAAAACCUUUUGAAGAAAAAGAAAAUCCUCAUAUCUACUGCUGCUGUUGCUUUGGCUAUAACCUUAGGUGGUUUAUUUGGAAGUAUAGGAUAUAAGAGCUGGAAAAACAAAAAUAAUAAAAAAGAUAAGGUGAAUGAUGGAUCCGAUUCUGAAGAAUUAGAUAGCUCUAAGGACGACAAAGAUGAAUAA